UUUGUUCACCUCCUUCACCCGUGGAGGUCGUCAUCAUGGGAGGCUGCGCCAGGUGGUUGUGGUAUCACCGCAACUACAUCAUCACGGUGGGGGCGCCACUCGCCCUCCUGCCCCUUCCCCUUGUCAGCGCCACAUCGGAGGCACGUUGCGGCUACGCCGUCCUCCUGAUGGCGCUGUAUUGGUGCACCGAGUGUUUGCCCCUGGCAGUAACAGCCAUGUUGCCGGUGGUUCUCUUCCCCAUGAUGGGCAUCAUGCCGGCUGGACAGGUGAGCAUCGAAUACCUGAAGGACACCAACAUGCUCUUCAUUGGUGGAAUGCUGGUAGCCAUCGCGGUGGAGCAGUGGAACCUUCACAAGCGCAUCGCUCUCCGCGUUCUGCUGCUGGUGGGCGUCCGUCCAGCGCUGCUGAUGAUGGGCUUCAUGAUGGUGACGUCCUUCCUUUCUAUGUGGAUCAGCAACACGGCCACUACCGCCAUGAUGCUGCCCAUCUCCCACGCCGUGCUGCUGCAGCUGAGGGCCACCGAGCUUCGGGCUGAGCGCCAUGACCUGCGGGCUGAAGACAACAAUGCCUUUGAGCUGGAGACCUCAGCACCAAAGCAGGAAGUGACAGAGGAGAAGCGUCCGGACGCCACGCAGGACGAUGCCAUGGGACAAGAACCACAGCAGGAGACCAGCAGGACGUUGGCAGAGGAGGAUUAUGAGCGGCUCUCCAAAGGAAUGAGUCUCUGUGUUUGUUACUCGGCCAACAUCGGAGGCACCGCCACGCUGACCGGAACCACACCCAACCUCAUCCUCAAGGGUCAAAUUGACAAGCUCUUUCCCGGUAACAACAAUGCCAUCAACUUCGCCAGCUGGUUCGGUUUCGCCUUCCCCAACAUGGUUCUGAUGUUGGUUCUGUCCUGGCUCUGGCUGCAGUUCAUGUUCCUGGGCUUCAACCUUCGGCAUACGUUUGGUUGCGGCGCAUCAAGCGAGCGAGACCGGGAGGCCUACGCUGUCAUGAAGGAGGAGUACAGGAAGUUGGGCAGGAUGAAGUUCGCAGAGGGGGCAGUGCUUACCGUCUUUGUCCUGCUGGUCCUCCUGUGGUUCACCAGAGACCCUGGCUUCAUCGACGGCUGGGCCACCGUGCUCUUCAACAUGAACUUUGUGUCAGACGGGACUGUCGCCGUCUUCAUGUCUCUGCUCUUCUUCAUCAUUCCCUCGCGGUUGCCGCGGUGGGGCAGCUACGGCUGGGACGACACAGGUAAGGCCAUUAAGGCUCCCGCCACGCUCCUCAACUGGCAGGUGGUCCACAAGCGGAUGCCAUGGAACAUCGUGCUGCUGCUCGGAGGAGGCUACGCGCUGGCCACAGGAAGUGAGGUGUCAGGUCUCUCCACCUGGCUCGGUGAGAGUUUGGCACCCCUGGAGAAGAUCCCCUCCUACGCCAUCGCUCUGCUGCUCUCCCUGUUGGUGGCGACGUUCACGGAAUGUUCCAGCAACGUUGCCACCACCACGCUCUUCCUGCCCAUCCUGGCCUCCAUGGCCAUCACCAUCAAGAUCCACCCGCUGUACGUGAUGCUGCCCUGCACCAUCGCCGCCUCGCUCGCUUUCAUGCUGCCUGUGGCCAGCGCCCCCAACGCCAUCGCUUUCUCCUUUGGAAACCUCAAAGUCAUGGACAUGGUCAAAGCUGGCUUCAUGCUGAACAUCAUUGGAAUUCUGACCAUCAACAUAGGCAUCAAUACAUGGGGCUUUGCCAUGUUUGACAUGGGCACCUUUCCUCAGUGGGCCAACGUCUCUCUGCCUUAGCUGAAGACACACUGCAGGACGGACAGGACGACUGACAAAUGGACAGUAAGACAGUGACUCUGUCUGUAUUUUUUUUUUGUUUUUUUUUUACUAAACGUCAACAAAAAUAUAAAUGACUGGCUCACUGAACCUCCAAAAUCCCUGGAUACAGUAAAACUGCACAUUAUGUAGCGACCUUUUAUUGUAGCCAGCCUGUGCAAUAAUCACGCUCUCUAAUCAGCAUCUUGAUAAGCCACACCUGUGAGGUGGACUAUCUUAGCAAGGGAGAAGUGCUCACAGAUGGAAACAGAUUUGUCAACAAUCUUUGACAAAAUGGGCCUCGUGUACAGUACAUAUAGUUCAUAGUUUUGUUGAGUGUAUUUUCUAUUUCAUACAGAGCAAUGAUGGAAAGGCAUGGAGCCCUGUCAAUUCUGCCUGACAAGUGGCCACACAAACAAACGAGAAAAAAAUAUGUUGGGUUAAAAAAAAACAACAGUUACACAUUAUUUCCAAAAUUCAAUCUUUAUUUUUGCUGCUUUCAUCAUUCACAAAAUAACUUUAUUCAUAAAGUACGUUUAAGUUAGUAGUUAGUUUUCUAUUGCACAGUGCCUCUGUCUUUAGACACAUGUUCAUGUGACAAAUAAACAUUUUCAUUGACAUUUUUUCUUUUGACAUAAAAGUUUUAUUAGACGAUUAUAAAUCUUUUAUGACUUAUU